AUGGCUUCCAUGCGCACCUCAACAAUAUUUUCUCCUUCAUUCUCCUUACUUUCUUCAAAGAGAGUAAAUGUAAAUUCCUUAAUCCGUGUCCCAAGACUCAAUUCUGCACAUCCUAAGACUAAUAUACUCACUGGAUCCAAGGUGGUUGGGGGGUUAAGUACAUUCACAGACUCAGUUCCUUUAUUAUUACAUGAAAAAAAUGAUUUGUCCAGUUCUGCAAUCUCUAACAACCCCACCAUGCAACUCUAUGCUAUCUUAGAAGCUGUAUCCGACAGAUACGAAAUGCACAGAAACGUAGGCGAACAGCGUCAGAAUUGGAAUGACCUACUUCUAAACAAUAUCAACAUGAUCACACUCACUGCUACAACUUUAACCGGUGUUGCAGCUGCAACUGCUGCUGUUGGUGCUGUUGAGACAUGCCGCAAUUUAAAACCAUGUCUCAAACUAUCAUCCACUCUUCUGUUUUCUGCGGCAACUUGUAUGCUUCUUGUCAUGAACAAGAUUCAGCCUUCGCAACUUGCCGAGGAACAACGCAAUGCUACAAGAUUGUUUAAACAGCUUUUGACUCAAAUCCAAACCAAAAUCAGUGUUGGUAGUCUUAUUACCGAGGAAGAUGUGGAGUUUUCAAUGGAGAAACUGUUGGCACUUGACAAAGCUUAUCCACUUCCUUUGUUAGGAGGAGCUAUGCUUGAAAAGUUUCCUUCAAAAUAUGAACCUGCUGUUUGGUGGCCUGAAAAAAGAAGAGAAGGAAAUGCAGCAGAAAGAAAGAUGAUGAAGAGGAAUAAUAAUAGUAAUAAUAGUAGUAAUGGAUGGAGUGAAGAACUAGAAACUGAACUGAGGGAAGUUGUUGAAGUUGUGAAGAGAAGAGACAUAGGGAAUUAUGAGAGACUUGGAAAUAUAUUAUUGAAGGUUAACAAGAGUUUGGCAAUAGCAGGUCCAUUACUCACUGGAAUUGCAGCUAUAGGUUCUGCAUUUGUAGGAAAUGGUGAUGGGUUGUUUUCAGCCAUGGUUCCUUUGAUGGCAGGGUCAAUGGCUUGUGCAAUAAAUUGUUUUGAACAUGGUGGACAAGUUGGUAUGGUGUUUGAAAUGUACAGAAGCUGUGGUGGAUUUUUCAGGAUGUUGGAAGAGAGUGUUGAAAUCACACUUGAAGAGAAUGAUUUGGAGAAAAGAGAAAAUGGUGAGGUAUUUGAAAUGAAGAUAGCAAUGAUGUUGGGAAGAAGUGUUUCGGAGCUAAGACAAGUUGCUUCAAAAUCUGCUUCUGGUUGUAUGGAUGGGAUUGCUACGGACGAAUUUGCUAGCAAGCUCUUCUAG